GGAAUAAUUGAACCGAUAGAUUGGUAGCGCUUGUAGGGUCACUGGUAAAGCGAAUUCUGGGUAAAAUAACGUGUAUCAUAUCGUACCGUUGCUGUAAAAUUUCAUCGUUAUACAGUAGCUGACAAGGCCGAUUAAAAAUGAUUGACCUUACGGUAAAGACUUUGGAUUCACAAAAUCAUGCAUUCUCCUUGGAAGACGAUCAAAUUACAGUUCGAGGUUUCAAAGAAUAUAUAGCAGAAACAGUAGCAGUUCCAGCAGAUUCACAAAGACUUAUUUAUUGCGGUAGAGUUCUGCAAGAUGAGAAAAAAUUAAAUGAUUAUGAUGUUAAUGGGAAAGUUAUACAUUUGGUACAACGUGCACCACCGCAGCCUGGUCAACGUGGAAAUGAUGGAGGUCAAAGUCAAGGUCAGAAUCAUGGAUCACAAAUGUGGCAAAAUCCACAAAGAACACAUUACCGACUCACUCGUGCUCAAAUGCAUGGUAAUGCUAUGUAUUUGGGUGCAAUGUCAGUACCAGCUGAAAUUGUGGAAGGACAUGGGUUACCAGUACCUCAGUUCAGCAACAGUCUGUCUAAUGGUCGAUUAAUUGCUGCAAGACACAUGCUUGAACGCGCGAAUCGCCUUAUGGAUCGACUUGAAAGUCCCUCUCAAUCUGCUAAUCUUUCCGCAGCUGAAAAUAAUCGACCACCAUUAAGUCAAUUGAUGCAAGAAUCAGAAUUAGAUGCAGAACAAUAUCUUUUCAGUAAUAACGAAACCACAACAAAUGGUGGUGCCCGAUUGGCAGAGGCCGCUGCAGCUGCAAUAGCAGCUGCUUUAUCUGCAGCUGGAGCAAAUAAUGUUACAUUACUUAGAGGAAAUAAUGACGAAAAUACUGAAUCAAGACCAGCAAAUGAAACUAAUGAAGAAAAUCAACCAGAUACACAACAGCCACAACAAUCUCAACAACCACAAUCUGAACAACAAGGUUCUACAUCAAAUAACGAUGAACAAUCUAAUCGACGAUCAUCACAACAACUUCCACGUCCUCCGCAAUUGGCAGAAUUAUUGGACCUAUUAAUUGAUACACAAUCUCGUUUACGACCUCAUACAGAACGUUAUUGCAAACUUAUGCGUGAUGAUCCUGUAUUAAGUUCAGAAGGAAGACGUGUUGAAGAAACUCAAACAUUUGUAAAUGGUGUAAGCGAGUGUUUACAUUAUAUGUCGCACGCUUGUCAUGCUUUAAGCGAUAUAAUUGUCGAUAUGAGUCAACAGCCACCCAGGAACUUGCGAUGUAGACCAAUCAUUAUUCAACAUUCAGCUAUUUUACAGCCGGGUAUACCAAUCCAGGUAGAGGCACAUAUUAGUUUACAUGGUCGUAAUGCAAAUAAUAACAAUGGCAAUGAAGAAAAUGGAGAAUCUGCAAGUACACCUACUCAAUUGGAAACAAAUGAACCUAACACCGAUGAGGCCAGUCAACAACAAGAAUCAGAAUCUGGUACUCAACAACAAGCUGAACAACAACAAUCACCAUUAGAUUCGACACAAUCUCCAUUUGGUACAGUGUUUAACUUACCUAAUAAUGUUGAAGUAUUGAUGGAAGUUAGUCCUGAAGGUAACAUAGAUACUCCACCUGGAAAUGAACAGCCUCAAGCUGGUGAAAAUAAUAAUAAUAGCAACAAUAACAACAAUAAUGGCGGAAGAAUAGAUGGUACUACUGGUGCAUUUUCCUGGGGUUCAGCUCCGCCUCCUGAUUUCAUACGAAAUUUGAUGCACGCUGUUGCUGGUCACAUGGUACAAGGUGGUCCAGCUAACACAAGAAUUAUAACUCGAAAUCCUCUGACAGUUAGUCAAUUAACUGUUGCAUCAGUUGAUAGCGGAAACACAAAUGCUGGACAAAGUACACAAGCACGAAGCAACGUUGGUACUCAUCCCACUACAGCAACACAAACUAGGAGUACAUCGCGUCCACAUGUAUUUCAUCAACAAACUCAUCCUUUAGGCGUUGGGAUGAGUAUAGGACAAGCAUUCGACUUCGAUCCAUUCCUUUCUUGUAAUUCGCAUCAUGUCCGUCGCACAUCGACUACAACUUCUAGUACUAUUACAUCUACGUCACAAGGAACACGAACAAACCAAACCAUGUCUGAAACACAAUCCCAAGCACAAACAGCUACAACUUCGAGUGCCACUAGCAAUACCAGCUCUACAAAUACUACAGCAUCAACGACAUCACAAACAAAUCCGAUCUACGAUCCAUUAAUGUAUUUACAACAACAAAUUUUAGGAGAUUCUAACUCACCCGAUGGUCUUGGUAACAUGGUGCAAAUACGUACCGGUGGAAAUAUUCGUGUAGGAAUUAUCAGAAAUGGCACCGGUAAUUCUGCUGGAGGUGAUUUAACUCUUGCGGAUUUAUUAGAACGUAGAGGUAUUCAAAUGAGUCUUUUUACGUCUCAAGAUUCUGAAACUGCAGAAAAUUUCCUCGUAAAUUUAUCUGUACUAGUGGUACAGAAUAUGACAUUAGAAGGAUUAAUAAGAUUACGAAUUGGUCAAUCAGAACCAAUUUCUCAUCUUAGAAGACCAUUACAAGAUUUCUUCCAAUAUUCUUUCCCAAAUGUUGCACCAGAGACACUUCAGGAACAAGCUACUGAACGAUUGUUAUCACAAUUAAGACCACAUUUCCAGGCUUUAUUAAAUACAGAAGAAGAAACUAAUAGUAGAAACGGUCAGCAUGUAGAUAUUUGUGCUACUGUUGAAGCUUUACUUCGUCGUCAUAUUAGAGAUAUACUACAACAUCUGUUUAAUAAUGAUAUUGAUGAUGCUAGAUUUGGACAAGAAAUUUUCAACACCGUGAAUAAUAUGGGUAGACAAUUAUGUGCAGUACUUCGAUAUUCUAUUCGUGGUGGACAGGCAGGAUUAGAAUUAAUUGCAUCACGUUUUGUGACCGAAAUGUUAGAGGGUAUUCAUCCUACAGUACGUCGAUGGAUGCUGAACGCAUUUAUUGUUCAGUUUCGUACUUAUUCUUUACGAGUUACACAACCUCCAGAUUCAGAAAUUAUUCCACUUUUAAUAUAUAAAGAUGCACCUUCUGAAGCAGCAUCGGUUCCAUCAGCUCCAACACAACCUUCACAACCACAAUCCGAACUGGAGCCCAUGGAGACAGAAAUUGUACAAGAAAGAACAACUUUCGAAGCAUCUUCUCUACCAGAAGAUAGGGAAGAAAUUCCAGAAACGUUCCCAGGUCAUGAAGCAUUACCUUCAGAUUGGGUACCAAUAAUUGCUCGCGAUGGAUUAAGGCAACGACGCCAGUUACAAAUGCAAGGAAUAACAAACGGUGGUGUAGCAACACUUAGUGAUGCUUACUUAGGUACACUACCCACUAAACGACGCAAACUUAUUGAACAGCAAAAGCCACGAUUAUUAGUUAGCCCUACUCCCAAUCAUUCAGCAAUAGCAGCAUCUAUGGAACGUUUAGUGAGAGAGGGUGUAACUCGGGCAGGUGUUGAGGAAGUCGAAGGUGCUGCAAUUGCUGUAGCUGUAGAUCCUGGUGUUAGGCGUGCAUUUGGUCAAGCAAUUAGAGAUUGCUUGAAUCCACAUAGACUAGGAACACCAGAUUUUCCAGAUCCUUUGCGUUUUCCCAAUGCCACAAAAUAUUUUGCUGACCAAGAUAGGCCACCAAAAUAAUAAUUACAAAGAGAAAACGGUUCGUAAUGGCUUAGAGUAUUUAUAAAGGAGAAACCAGGUAGUGUCUAAACAAAGUGAGAAAUUGCAAUGACCAAGGAAUACAAAGAUAUAUUCUUAACAUAUAACCACAAAUGCUAUUAACUCUUAUUAUUGUAUAUGUGAAUUUAAUGCAAAUAUUUUCAAAUACCACACAUUACAUUAUUUGUUUAACCGAUGUAGCUUGUAGUUUUACAAAACGUACUAUUGACUUUUUAAUAUAUAAAUAUGUUAAAUAAUUAUACGUUACGUACAUAUUAUUGAAAAUAGCGAAAUUUGGCUACACUUGCUCUCUCCCAUUAUACUCUAAGCAUCGAGUGACCCCAAUCUGAUACUAUAAUUAAAAUACUACUUUCAUAUUAAACUGCGUUUUCUGUAGAAUUAUUGUUAUGCAAAUGAAAUGUAUUCUUAAUCAAAUGACACCUGUCUAGGUAUUAUACAGAUUGUAAUGUAUUAUCUUGCGACCUAUGCAUAUUGUGGGAUAUUUGAGUGUUGUCGAUAUUAAAAUCCUUUUAAUAACGAUGAUACUACCAAUCGAUAUUAAUUACUACCUUAUAGUCCAAUAUUUGAUUUGUGAGAAAAGGAAAACAAGUAUGGAGUUAUCCGUGGAGUAAAAGAAAAUUGACUAAAUGCGAUUUAAUACCUCUCAUUAUAAUCAUGAAUUAUCUAAGGCUAUAGUUUGUACUACACAAGCUUUGUUGAAUAAUACGUUAUAAACCAUAAAGUACCAUGUUUCUUUGUAAUUUAUGUAGAUAAUUUUGAUUGUGAUGCGUCAUACUAAAUAGUUCAAAAGCAGACUUUUUAUACGAACGAAGGUACUGUAUUUUAAUUCUAAUGAUCUAUACAAAAAAAAAAAAAAAAAUGAUUUUAAUCUUGCACCGGAAUUUCAUCAGUUUUAAUAAAAAAAAAUCAAGUAUCGAGCCUAAUGCAAAAGAAAGAUAAUUCCAAAUUAUACAUUUGUAUUAAUGUUAAGGGAUAAUCGUAUAUGAAUAUUUGAUAGAUAGUAUAUAAUGUUAAUAAAGUAAUUGAAAUAAUUUCAUGUGAA